CGACGACGAAAACACAAGCCAGGCUACUCUUGCUGCUGCAGGUAAAGGCUCGUUAGCUCAGCAAAUAAGCAACAUGUCGGCAAAGGAUAUUUGCCGUUUAUGUAAAGAUAAUUUGCGAAUAAAAGGCACAAUUUCAGGUUUCCGGUCCAUAUUCCAAAAGAAUGAUGCAAGAGAAAAAAGCAUUAGCGAGCGGCUAACAGAAUUAGGACUACCGCUGUCUGAAAAUGUUUCUAGAUCAGGUCGUAUUUGCUUGCGUUGCUUCCGCUUGAUUGGUAGACUACAGGAUGAUUUCGACGUUUUUAGAAGAUGGCAAGAAGCAGAGAAAGACUCAAACCCAGCAGAAGCAUCAACCUCAACAUCACAGGCAACUGCCGAAUCUUCAAACGCAUCAUCAACAGGCAAGAAACGCCCUGAGAAACGGGACAGAGUGCCGACCCCUUCCAAGACGUGUCUCCAGCCCCCAACACCAACAGCACCUCCAGCUCCAAAGUACUCAAGGCCGACUACAGACAACGUAACCCCAAAGACGGCACGGCGAAGUUUGACGGAGGUUAUUAUUCACUACCCAUCCCAUCCAAAGGGUGACAGAAUUGUAUGUCAGGCAAACACGGCAGCAAUUGUUGAAAAUAUUGCAAAGCAGAAUUGGUCACGGGCGGCCAAUCAGAUGGUCAAAAACAAAGACCUCUUAGAAGCACUUAAGGAAAACAUCCUUCAAGUUAUUGAGGAUGAGAUAAAGUUCCUAUGCAACCCGCUUAAGGGUUUCAUGCUUUGGCGGUCAUCAGCUGCUGAUUUGAAGGCAUUUUCUUUUGCAAACCUUCAGUCAGAUCUUCAGUCUAUGGCACCAUUCACAUAUUCCAUAUUUUCUCAAAUCACCAAAGGUUCUCCCCAUCCCACUUGUGCUUCUGCUGCUAUAGCCUUGCAAGGAAGGGAACCACGCUUGUCGGCCUUUGCCUACUACGUAAACGGUGUGCUGCAGUAUGGUGGGGCCAAAAAGCUGUUUACAAAAGGUUAAGCAAACUGUGUAUAACAACUGCACACAAUCAUGCUGUUAGAAAGCAAAAACAGUUGGCAACUACAUGCGGUGAAGAGUUACAGCUACUAAAAGUAGCCCAUGAAGUCUUCCUCAAGUCUCAAAAGGAACAUGGAGGCACGGAUGUGGAGGGAGCUAGGGCAACAAGAACACUAAGUGACACAGUGGACCUGGACACAGCUACGCUAAGCAUGGAACAUUGCAUUUCAACAG